AUGGUACUGGGGCGCUGCGCGCAAGUGCCAUUACAGCAACCAACCCCUGCCAUUUCCACAUCCGAGAGGCUAUGGAACGCUGCGUACGACAACCUUAAGUUGGAGGAUGUAGAUCUUGUUGGGUCCUACGGGAAAAUUCUGGAAAAGAGGGAGUUGGUUGAAAAGGCUCAACAGAAAAUAUCCAAGGCUUCCAGGAUAAGUACCGGGGUGGGCGACCUCGCUGAUUUCGUCCUAUCCGCUAAGGCAAUGGUUGACUUAAUACUCCAAAACGUGCCACAAGCUGCAUCGGCUGCGCUUCCAGGGACCGGUGUUUGCCUUGGGCUACAGCUAAGAAAAACAAGAACCAACCUUGCCGGUACCGCCCACAUUAUCUCCAGAGUGGAUUGGUAUUACGCCCCGUCCGGAUUCCUGGAGAAGGAUCACAUCGACGAGUCUUUAGAAUCGAUCCUGCCCCAGCUAAAGGCGAGGAUCGUCGCGCUUUCCAAGGCCCUCCUCCCAUACCAGAUAAAAAGCAUCUGCUCCUACUACCGCCACCAGAGUCUCGUUUUUCUCUGUGGCCUUGCCAACUGGGACGACUGGGACGCUGCCCUGAAGGCUGUCACGGACGCGGAAGAUGCCCUGCAGACGGACUCGGACCAGUACAACAAGCUCCAGGCGAAGGAGGCAUUGCGCUAA